GAAUUUCCUCAGGGAUGUGAUGUUUGCUGGUGGCUCUGAGAGUCCUUAUGCCAAAGCCAUGAGAGGACACAUCACCCUGAGCCAGCUGUUUUCCCAGGUGGAUGAGGGCUGCAGGCAGCAGGCCCCCUCCUCAGGCAUCUCCCUGCCCGACACCUUCUCGCUGGCCAGUGCCUUCCAGGAGCUAGUUGCCCAGGCGAGGCUCAGCGAUGCCAUCCUGCGUGCGGCCACCAUCCUGCGCCGCAGCGGUCUGAAGACCUGUGUCCUCACCAACAACUGGGUGGAUGACAGUGAUGGGAGAGUCUUCACGGCACAGCUCAUGGACCUUCUCCGAAGGCACUUCGACCUGGUCCUGGAAUCCUGCAGGAUUGGGAUGAUGAAACCUGAUCCCAGGAUCUACACCUACGCCCUGGAAGCUCUGAAGGCAAAGCCUCAGGAGGUGAUCUUCCUGGAUGACCUUGGGAAAAACCUGCAGCCAGCACGGGAGAUGGGAAUGGCCACGAUCCUGGUCAGGGACACGGACAAUGCCCUGAAGGAGCUGGAAAAGCUCUCAGGUGUCCAGCUUCUGAGCCAGGAGGAGCCAAUCCCGACAGCCUGUGAUCCAUCAGAUGUCACCCAUGGAUAUGUGUCCAUCCGGCCUGGAGUCCAGCUGCACUUCGUGGAGAUGGGACAGGGCCCCGUGCUCCUGCUGUGCCAUGGAUUCCCAGAAUCCUGGCUCUCCUGGCGCUUCCAGAUUCCAGCUUUGGCUAAUGCAGGAUUCCGGGUGAUUGCUCUGGAGAUGAAGGGAUAUGGGGAAUCCACGGCUCCUCCAGACAUCCAGGAGUAUUCCCAGGAGCAGAUCUGCAAGGAUCUGACGGUUUUCCUGGAUAAACUGGGCAUUCCGCAGGUUAUCCUGGUGGGCCACGACUGGGGCGGCGCCGUGGCCUGGAACAUGGCUCUGUUCCACCCGGAGAGGCUCAGGGCUGUGGCUGUGCUUAACACUCCGUACAAACCUCCCGAUCCUACCGUGGAUAUCAUGGAGAAGAUGAAGUCUUAUCCCACUUUUGACUAUCAGUUCUAUUUUCAGGAUCCGGGAGUGGCAGAAUUGGAGCUGGAGAAGGAUAUCAGCAGGACCUUGCGGAUCCUCAUCCGCUCCACGCACCGGGAG